CCAGGUAGCGUAUCCAUUCAGGAAGACGGGGGUCUGAUUAUUAGCCUAGCCUGGGUUGCUAAAAAUCUUGAUAGUGCAAAAAUGGCGGCGGGUAACGUCAACCCGUUUAAUCUCAGCGAUUCAGAUGAAGAGGCUGAACGGCGACCGAGUGAAACGGCUGACACAGAGCGAAGCCCCAGCGACGGGGCGCCAGGGCCCCCGCCAGGCAACCCGUUCUCCCCGCCUGCGGACGCCGAGCCUCCGUCGCUCUUGCUGUCUUGCAGCCGGACGAGCCCCAGCGGAGAGGGCAUCUCUGUGUCGGCCGCGGCCACCGCCGCUAUGGCAGGCAGCGGCGAGACACGGGUGUCAGUGGAUGUCAUUGCUGCACAGCUUUUAAGAGAUCAAUACAUCCUCACGGCCCUGGAGUUUCACACUGAACUGCUGGAAGCAGGGAGAGAGCUUCCGAGGCUGAGGGAUUAUUUUUCCAACCCGGGCAACUUCGAGCGUCAGAGCGGCACUCCGCCCGCUUCCAAAGACCAGGUACUCGGACCUGGAGGACCACUGAAUCGAGCUGGCAGCAUCAGCACCCUGGACUCUCUGGACUUUGCCCGUUACUCAGAUGACGGCAACCGGGAGUCAGACGAGCGAGUGGCAGUGCUGGAGUUUGAGCUACGGAAAGCAAAGGAGACCAUUCAGGCUCUGCGCGCCAACUUGACUCAGGCAGCAGAGAGCGAAGUGCCCUCACAAGAGAGGAAGAACUUCAAGUCAAGUCCUGAGAUUCAGGAGCCUAUCCGCCCACUGGAGAAAAGAGCCUUAAACUUCCUUGUGAAUGAAUAUUUAUUAAAGAAUGAAUACAAACUUUCUUCCAUCACCUUCUCUGAUGAAAAUGAUGACCAGGACUUUGAGUUGUGGGACGAUGUGGGCCUUAACAUCCCCAAGCCACCCGACUUGUUACAGCUAUACAGGAACUGUGGCAGUGCCCUCCCUUUGCCUCGGGACAUGGUCGAUGUGGCAGUGGGUGUUGAUUUCGGUGAACUCCCCGGGAACUACAUCACCCAGGAUCCCCCAAAGAAGCCUGACCUCUCACAGCAGCAACAGACAGAGGUAGUCCAGGAGUUGGAGUACCAGAUCAGCCUCCUCAACAGCGAGAAACAGAGCCUGGCUGAGCAGAUCAAGAAACUGCAGAGUGAGAUUCAGACCCUGAAGAGGAGUGUGUCUUCCCCACCUCCAGCCACUCUGGACCUGGGCUCCCAGGCUACAUCAAACCUCUCCACCACAGCCAACACCACUUGCUCUACUGACCCCCUCUCUGUACCCCCAACAGACAAUGGCCAGUAUUUGGACAUCCGGGGGGUUUCAGAGCCUGAGAGUGACCCUGAUCCCCCCUCCACCCAGAACACACCACACCCUCACCCACAGUCUCACAACAAGCUAAAGAGCAGACCUCCUGUCCAGUUUGACCAACCCAACAGAAAGUUAUCCCCAGCCUUCCAGCAGGCCCUGUUGUCCUUCUGCAGAAUGUCCUCAGACAGCCGCCUGGGAGCUGAGGUGUCUCGUAUAGCAGACAGUGAAGAGAGUGUGAUGUUAAUGUUGGGCCGCUGCCUGCCUCACAUCGUCCCCAAUGUCCUCCUAGCUAAACGAGAGAGAAUGGUUGCGCAUCUGUGCCAGGAAUUGAUUCCUCUCAUCCUGUGUACAGCAUGCCUUCACCCAGAGCCUAAGGAGAGAGACCAGCUCCUCCACAUCCUCUUCAACCUAAUUAAGAGACCAGAUGACGAACAGAGGCAAAUGAUCUUGACGGGGUGUGUGGCUUUUGCGAGGCACGUGGGUCCCACCCGCGUUGAGGCUGAGCUACUUCCUCAGUGUUGGGAACAGAUUAACCACAAGUAUCCUGAGAGGAGGUUGUUGGUUGCAGAGUCCUGUGGAGCCUUAGCACCAUACCUGCCUAAAGAGAUUCGUAGCUCCCUGGUGUUGUCCAUGUUGCAGCAGAUGCUAGCUGAGGACAAGGCCGACAUGGUCAGAGAGGCUGUGGUCAAGAGCCUGGGCAUUAUCAUGGGUUACAUAGACGACCCAGACAAGUACUCACAGGGCUUUGAGCUGAUGCUGCUGUCACUGGGGGAUCCCUCAGAGCGGGUGGUCAGUGCCAUCCAUCAGGUCUUCAUCCCUGCCUUUGCUGCCUGGACCACAGAGCUGGGCACCCUGCACACUGCACUCAUCCCCUCCCUGCUGGCACGUAUAGAGAAGCUGCUUACGCAGGGGGAACAUGGUCUGGACGAACACAAGCUGCACAUGUUCCUGUCGGCGCUGCAGUCUCUCAUCCCACCUCUGUUUGCUGUGGUGCUGCAGAACGCGCCCUUCACCAGCAGAGCCAAACUCCAUGGAGAGAUACCUGCUAUAGAGGUGACCCGGUUCCCCAGGCCAGCAUCUCCCCUCCAGGAUGUGGCGACGAUCAUAGGCAGCAGGGAGAUGCUGAGCGCCCUGCUGCUGCUCUACGACCACCAGCUAGAACAUGAGGGAACCACCGGCUGGGACAGCCUGCUAUGGGUGGUCAACCAACUCCUUCCCCAGCUGAUAGAGAUAGUGGGUCGCAUCAAUGUGACCUCAUCAACCUGCGUCCAUGAGUUCUCUCGCUUCUUCUGGAGGUUCUGUCGUACCUUCGGCAAGAUCUUCACCAACACUAAGGUUAAACCACAGUUUCAAGAGAUCCUCCGGCUCUCCGAGGAGAAUGUUGAUGCUACAGCAGGGAAUGGUAUUCUCACUAAGGCCACAGUCCCCAUCUACGCUACUGGAGUGCUGACAUGUUAUAAUCAGGAGGAGGAUCGCAAGCUGCUGGUGGGUUUCCUAGAAGACGUUAUGACGACCCUUUCUCUGUCCCAUGCACCUCUCGACAGCCUGAAGGCCUCCUUUGUAGAGCUGGGGGCCAACCCGGUGUAUCAUGAGUUGCUGCUGACUGUUCUGUGGUACGGGGUGGUCCACACCUCGGCACUGGUCCGGUGUACUGCUGCACGGAUGUUUGAGCUGCUGGUGAAGGGGGUGAAUGAGACGCUGGUAGCUCAGAGAGUGGUGCCGGCUCUCAUCACACUGUCCUCCGACCCUGAAAUCUCAGUGAGGAUAUCCACUAUUCCUGCCUUUGGGACCAUCAUGGAGACCGUCACACAAAAAGAGCUGCUUGAGCGUGUGAAGAUGCAGCUGGCGUCGUUCCUAGAAGACCCUCAGUACCAAGAUCAGCACUCUUUACACAUGGAGAUCAUAAGGACCUUUGGACGAGUCGGACCCAAUGCAGAGCCGCGCUUCAGAGACGAGUUCGUACUGCCACAUCUUCACAAGCUAGCGCUGUCAAAUAACAGCCAGGCGGUGGAGAGCAAGAGGAUUGACAUCGCCACCCAGCUGUUCGAGGCCUACAGCGCCCUCUCCUGCUGCUUCAUUUCUGAGGAGCUGAUGGUCAACCACUUCCUGCCUGGUCUCAGGUGUCUCCGGGCAGACAUGGAGCAGCUCUCUCCUGAGCAUGAGGUUAUUCUGAGCUCUAUGAUCAAGGAGUGUGAGAUCAAGGUGGAAAACCGAGGAAUCGGAGAUGCACAAGGCUCCGUGUCCAUCGCUUCCAGCCUGGUGGGUGAGGACGCCAAGACCAAGUUCCUGAGUAAGAUGGGUCAGCUGACCACCUCCGGCGCCAUGCUGGCGAACGUCUUCCAGAGAAAGAAGUGAUCUGAAGAUCGACCACCCACCGCACCUAUCCCAUGAGCCUCUGCUCUCUUUGGGACCGCCCCAGCGGCCACUUUCACUGGGGAGCGUCUCACACUGGAAAAAAGAAAAACUCAUAAACGCAUCAUUCUGACUGAAAAUCACGAGAAAACCAAGUGCAGGGGUGUUUGUAUUCAAGGAAUGAAGGUUCACUGAAAGUUGUAAAGUGGCUUGACUUGAAAUGUGCACUGAGCCUGGCUUCAUUGUGAUUAGAAAUUGGACCACAAUUUUUUUUCUCUUUUUUUUUUUUUUUUUUCCGGUGGCGGCUGAGGUUUUCUCCUCUGCUCUUUCCCUCUCCUUAAUUCUUAAUCACGAUGAAAGCGUUGUCGAGGCGUAGGGAUUUGCUUUAAUGCGUCAGUGUAGUUAACAUUGUCAUUUCAAGUGCAAGAGAGGAGAGAGAGGCAGAAACAGAACAGUAUUGAGGGUGAUCCGUAGCGAUAACAAGGGACUUGUUUCCUGGGCUUUAACAAAGCCCUAGGUCUGAACUUGAAACUAUCACCGUUGAAUUUAAAUUUUCAGCCCAGUACCUCUUGUCUCAGAGGAGCUUCACAAAACUCUUGGCUCGUCCCACUGGAUUUCAUUUUUGAAUUUUAAACGGGUGCCAUUUUGGAGCAAAGCGUUGCACGACAGUUGCGUUAAUUUCCAUUUGUACAGUGAGGUUCCAGUGCUAGAAUGGAAUUAUGUGGAACAUUUGGACUCCAAAAUGGCGGGCAGUCUGUCAUCAAUGCCCCUGUACAGUGUGUCUGUACAGCUCAGAAUUAUUGCCUACUUGAAGAGUUAAAAAAAAAAAAAAAGAAGAAGAAUCAUGCCUUUAUUUCAUCAAAGUCUGUCUCUGGUUUUUGUUUUGAUAGCUUCUAUUUUAUAACUUAUUUAUGUCUUAAUGAAGAAAAAAAAAACAUACUUUAUUCCAACCUCCAAAGAAAUUUGCACUUCACUUUAUUAUAUUUUUGUUUGUUUUAAUUCAGUCUUAUGCAUAAAAAGGAACAUUAUCACUACAGUUAAUACUUUUUUCUUUUUUUUUUUCUUUUUUUUUUUAAUGUUCUGGCGACGUGAAACUGAAGAGAACACUGACCAUGAUUCCCUCCCUACCUGUUGCGUCUUGGCUCUCUGUGUUGCAGUGUCUCUGAUAAUUGUACCGUUUUUUCGUUGUUGCUGUUUGUUUUUUUGUUUUCGUUUUCUUUUCUAAAGUGGGUAAUCUGGUUCUUGGGUUUAGUUUUUCAAUUUCUUUUUGGAUAUGCGCUAAGACAAACAGUAAAUAACUGUAUCAUACACUGAACUGAAGAGGAUGGUACCCAUAUUAUGUAUAUUUGAAAUUGGUGUCAUGGCGUAAUAAAUGAUGGAGAUCAGUUGUGUACUUUAA